UUAUGAUGGUAAAUAUUACCUAUGUGACGCUGGAUACACCACAAUGCCAGGUUUCAUAUCCCCGUAUCGCGGUGUCCGAUAUCAUUUAAAAGAGCACACCGGUAGGACACCAAAGAAUAGGAAGGAGUUGUUCAAUUUAAGGCAUUCAUCUUUAAGAUCAAAAAUUGAGUGCACAUUUGGGAUACUGAAGAAUCGGUUUAAAAUUCUUGCGGGGAAGCCGAAUUAUCCAUUUCCCACUCAAGUGGACAUUGUACUAGCGUGUACUGUGUUGCACAACUUUAUUGCCUUGGAGGAUCCGGAUGAUGAUAUUUUAAAUGAAAAUGUUGAAAUUGAUGAAGAUACUGGGGAAGAGACAAAUGAGGACGAAUCAAAUGUGAUGGACUAUACUCAAAGUAGGACACAAAGAGAGGAUCGAGAUGUUAGAAAUGAAUGGAAGGAGUUACGAGAUCAAAUUGCUUGGGCGAUGUGGGUGGAUUAUUGUGCAAAGUACAAUGGUGGUAACACAAUGGAGAGCGGUUUAACUUAGUGUAGUAUUU